UUUUGCUUUUGAGCCCCGAGCAAGCCGUGCAAGAGUUGUCGCUGUGACUUGAGCACUGCCAAGCGCACACUGCCACCACGCGGAGCCAGCGAGUGCGAAACCUGCCAGCCACCGGGUGCAGCCUCGCUGCAGCAGCACACCUCGCUGCACACGUGCCACAGGCUAUAACGCCCGCUAACCAUGCGCACCCGGCACGCUUUCGCCGCCGCGCUCGCCGCCCUGGCCUCCGCCGAGCUCAUCGACGACAACGGCGUGCAGUGGGGCGUGACGCGCGCGUACGCCGAGGCGAAAGCAAAAGACUGCCUCGCGUCCCUCAGGGCGACGGCGUGGCACGCGCAGACGGAAAGAGCUCUCAAAAACCACCCCUUCGUCAAGGCGGCGGAGCGCGGCCGGUUGCCGUUGCAAGCCUUGCAGCGUUUUGUGGGAGAGCAGCGUUUCAUCCAAGCGAACGAUGCCGCUUCCUUCGCGCAGCUCGCGGGGUCCGACUGGCGGCCCACGGCGGCCGGUCUGCUAGAUCUGUGGCGGAAUACGCCACCGGAUAAUUUGAAGGGGCUCUUCGGCACUUUAUUAAAGGGCGAGCUCGCCGCCGCGCCGCUCCUGCAGCGACUAAUCCACGCGACGGGUUUAGAUUAUGACGCCCACGGCCGGUCGGAAGACGGGACGUUCUUCGCGCCGGAACCGCGCGCGCAGGCUUAUGGGGCGUACUGGGCCUUGUUGGCGCCCGUGUGGAAAUCACCCUGCUCGAUGGCGUGGAGUUUCCACGCCGUCGACGCGACGUUUGUAACCUAACUCACCGGUCGAUUUCCACGCAGGCUGGCGCGGGACGGCAAGCGCGCGGCCGCCGCGGCCGCGGCGGCCGUGAACUUCCCGGCCUGGGGCGACGCGUGCCGGCGCGUGCUCCACGGGCUGCGCAAGGACGAACACAUGAAAAACGAACUCAAGAAGCGCGGCCUCGCGGAGUACCAGGAGGGCCUCGCGUUUCUGGCCUUCUUCGCGGAGCCGCUCCCAAACCUCGAGGACAUGGCGCUUUCUAUAUUAGCGGACGACUUCGAGAAGAACGGCGCCUGCGAGCUGAUCCAGGACGACGUCCGGACGCUGCAGGCCUACGAGGUCGACUUCUGGGACGCCGUCUGGAAGCCGUCCCAUCAUGCGUCGCGCGGGGAGCUCUAAAGAAUCGUAAUUU